GCAACGAGUCUGUCUGGCCUUCCUGUCUUACCCUUACUAACACCAUGGGGAGAGACUGGUUGCCUCACCUAGGUCUUCUCCUGUUACUCUUCACCUUGGUCACCGGAAUCAAUGGAGAACCUCAAUACAUGGUGUUGGUCCCCUCUCUGCUGCAUACUGAGAUCACUGAGAAAGCGUGUCUGUUUAUGAACCACUUGAAUGAGACAGUGACUGUAAGUGCUAUCUUGGAGUUUAACAGACACAAUGGAAGUACCGUAUUCAGUCAUCAGGUGAAUGAGAAAGAAACAUUCCUCUGCCUGCCCUUCACAAUCCCAAAAUUAUCAGCACGCUCGGAGAUGGCAUUCUUCACUGUGCAGGUGAAGGGUCCAACACACACGUUUAGUAGACGGAAAACAGUACUGGUGAACAACCCGGAGAGUCUGGUCUUUCUGCAAACAGACAAACCUAUCUACAAGCCAGGACAAAUAGUUCAGUUUCGUAUUGUCUCUGUGAAUGGAAAUUUUCGCCCCUUGAAUGAGAAGUUUCCAUUGGUGUACAUUGAGGACCCCAAAAGGAAUCGUAUCCUGCAGUGGCAGAAUCUCGUAUUAGAGGGAGGUCUCAAACAACUCUCCUUCAGCCUUUCAUCAGAACCUGCCCGUGGAUCCUACAAAGUGGUGGUACAGAAGGAAACAGGAAGAAAUAAAGAACACUCCUUUAAGGUGGAAGAAUUUGUAUUGCCCAAGUUUGGGGUAUAUGUCAAGGUGCCAGAUAAAAUCACAAUCUUGGAUGAAGAAUUUACAGUGUCAGUCUGUGGGCGAUACACUUAUGGGGAGCCUGUUUCAGGUCUGGCGAGUGUUAGCGUGUGCAGAAAGUACUCACAGCAUUCUGAUUGCUAUGGUAAAGAUUCAGAGAGUAUCUGUGAAGAAUUCAGCAAACAGCUGGAUGGUUUAGGUUGUGUUUCUCAAAAUAUAAAAACCAAGAUUUUCCAAAUGAAAAAAAGUGAGUUUUUGAUGAAUCUUGAUGUGACGGCCAAGAUCACAGAGGAAGGGACAGAAGUGGAAUUGACCGGAACUGGAUCCUGUGAGAUCACAGAUGUUAUAAGCAAAGUUACAUUUGUGAAUGUGGAUUCACACUACAGACAUGGACUCCCUUUCUUUGGGCAGGUGCGCUUAGUGAAUGGGAAGGAUGAGCCCAUCCCAAAUGAGCAUAUCUAUAUCUCUGUGAUGGCAUCUAACCAAGACUUUACCAAAAACUAUACCACUGAUGCACAAGGCCUUGUACAAUUCUCAUUCGACACCGAUAACUUCACUUCUCCCUCCAUCAGUCUCACAGCCAGAUACAAAGAUGGGAUGCAGUGCUAUGGAUACAUGUGGAGAAUGACCCACCAUCAGACAGCAUACCAUACUAUAAAGCAUGUGUUCUCCUCAAGUAAGAGCUAUGUCUACAUUGAACCUGUAUUUGGCACCUUGGCUUGUGACCAAAGCCAGGAGAUCCAGAUACACUACAUCCUGAAUGAACAGGCCCUAAAAGAACUGCAGGAGCUGACCUUCUAUUUUCUGAUCAUGGCCAAGGGACUUAUCAUUGGAACAAGGUCCCACACAUUACCUGUGAAUCCAGGACACAUGAAAGGGAUAUUUUCCUUUUAUCUCCCUGUGGAAUCGACCUCUGCUCCCAUUACUCGGCUUCUCCUCUAUACUGUUUUACCAAAUGGGGAAGUUGUUGCAGAUUCUAAGAAGUUUAACAUUGAAAACUGUUUUGCCAACAAGGUGAAUUUAAGCUUUUCAUCAGCAAAAAGCCUUCCAUCCUUGGACACCCAUCUGAAGGUGACAGCCUCUCCUCAAUCCCUCUGUGCCCUCCGUGCAGUGGAUGAGAGUGUCCUUCUCCUGCAAUCUGAAGAGGAACUUACUCCUGGGUCGCUGUAUGAGCAACUAUCUGUGAAGGAUCUUACUGGAUUCCCUGAGGGUCUGAUGGUGCAAAAUGAAGAUAUUGAAGAAUGUAUCUCUUUCAAGAAUAUUUUUAUUAAUGGAAUUACUUACUCCCCUGUGUCAAAUAGUGAAGAAGAUGAUACUUAUAACUUCCUCAAAGAAAUGGGCUUGAUGGUAUUUACUAAUACACAGGUCCAGAAGCCUUAUUUAUGCCCCUCAUUUCCUGUACCACAAAGUUUGCAAUCUUCAUACUCAGCAGGUGGUGCUAUGGGUAUGGCAAGAUUAAGCUCUGCACCCAGAUUUCAUGCAGAGUCUCUACUUAUGGAAGAAACUGUAAUCCAAACUGAGACUGUGAGAACGUUUUUCCCUGAGACCUGGAUCUGGGACUUGAUAGUAACAAGCUCUGAAGGGGAGGCUGAAGUGGCGUUGAAAGUUCCUGACACCAUCACUAAGUGGAAGGCUGACGCAUUUUGCCUUUCAGAAAACACGGGACUUGGUCUCUCCCCCCCAGCCUCUCUCAUAACCUUCAAGCCUUUCUUUCUUUCUUACACCCUACCUUAUUCUGUCGUGAGGGGAGAGGCCUUCAACUUCAAGGCCACAGUCUUCAACUAUAUGGCUCACUGCAUCCGGGUUAAAGUACUACUGAAAGACUCUGCCAAGUUCUUGGCUGUUCCCAAGGAAAAAGCUGAUGUAUCUCACUGUAUCUGUGGAAAUCAACAUCAAACAUUUUCAUGGGUUGUGACUCCCAAAUCAUUAGGAAAGAUCACUUUCACUACAAGUGCAGAGGCAGUGGAAUCUCAAGAACUGUGUCAUAAUGAGGAGGUUAAGGUUCCUGAGGCUGGAAGGAAAGAUACAGUCGUCAAAGAUUUGUUAGUCGAGCCUGAAGGGAUCGAAAAGGAGGAGGCUUUCAACUCCAUGCUUUGUCCAAAAAAUGCUGAGCUGUCUGAACAAAUAUCCCUGAAACUCCCACCAAAUGUUGUGGAAGGAUCAGCCAGAGCCUAUUUCUCAGUUCUGGGUGACAUCCUUGGAUCUGCCGUGAGAGACACACAAAAUCUCCUCAAGAUGCCCUAUGGCUGUGGAGAGCAGAAUAUGGCCCGGUUUGCUCCCAAUAUUUAUGUCCUGAAUUAUCUGAAUGAAACCAACCAGCUAACCCCAGAGAUCAAGUCUAAGGCAAUUGGAUUCCUCCAAACUGGUUACCAGAGGCAGCUAAACUUUAAGCACGCAGAUGGCUCCUACAGCACCUUUCGCCGUAGUGAGGGUAAUACCUGGCUGACUGCUUUUGUGAUCAAGUCCUUUGCACAGUCUCGGCCAUACAUCUACAUAGACGAAGCUCAUAUCACCCAAGCCCUCUUUUGGCUGUCGCAGAAACAGAAAGACAAUGGCUGUUUCCAGAGCUCCGGUUCACUGCUGAACAAUGCUCUUAAGGGUGGAGUAGAAAAUGAACUGACACUAUCUGCCUACAUCACCAUUGCUCUGCUGGAGAUACCUCUUUCUGUCAGUCACCCAGUUGUCCGGAAUGCCCUUUACUGCCUGGAAUCAGCCUGGAAGGUGCAACAAAAUGGAGGCCCUGGGAGCGAUGUCUAUACCAAAGCUUUGAUGGCUUAUGCCUUUGCCCUCGCAGGAAAUCAAGAAAGAAGAAAAGAGGUGUUAUCAGAAUUGGACAAAGAAGCUGUGAAGAAAGACAAUUCGGUUCACUGGCAGCGCCCAUCAAGACCCCAGGUGCCAAAGGGACCCUACUCCUUUCACGUCCUGGCUCCUUCUGCUGAAGUGGAGAUGACUUCUUACGUGCUUCUUGCAUACCUCACUGCCUUUCCCACCCCAUCAGCUGAAGACCUCUCUAUGGCUGCUGAAAUUGUGAAUUGGAUCUCCAAGCAGCAGAAUCCUCAUGGGGGAUUCUCUUCUACUCAGGACACAGUGAUUGCACUCCAAGCCCUGUCCCGAUAUGGAACGGUCACUUACAGUAAACUUGGGACACCUGCUGUGGUGACUAUCAAAUCUUCUGAAGACUUUUCUAAAAACUUUCAAGUAGACUCUGCCAACCGCUUACUGCUACAGCAAGUCUCAUUACCAGCGGUCCCUGGAGUGUACAAUGCAGGAGUGAAAGGGGAAGGAUGUGUGUACCUUAAGACAUCUCUGAAAUACAAUGUCCAGAUACAGAAAAUGGAAUCUCCAUUUCACCUAUUAGUGCAGACCAUUCCUUCAACCUGUGAUUCUGCAAAAGCCCAUAAAACCUUCCAGAUCUCAUUUAAUGCCAGUUACGAAGGAAGUCGUCCUGCCUCCAAUAUGGUGAUUAUUGAUGUGAAGAUGGUAUCAGGUUUCAUCCCUUCAAAACCAACCGUGAGGGCGCUUGUAAAAUCUGGUAUCCUGAGUAAAACCGAAGUGAGCAGCAACCAUGUCUUGCUUUAUGUGGAAAAGAUGACCAAUCAGACAUUGUCCUUUUCCUUCACUGUGACCCAAGAUAUUCCAGUAAAAGACCUAAAGCCAGCUGUGGUGAAAAUCUAUGAUUACUAUGAAACAGAUGAAUAUGGUGUUGCUGAGUACCGUGCUCCCUGCAGCACAGAUGAAAAUGAAGAAAAUGCUUAAGAUCCACAUCCAAGCACAAGACUUAGAAGUUUGGUUUCCAGCCUCUCCUAACCCAGAUAAUAUUGUUUUUUUCAGCAAAGACAAAACCAAAAAAAAACCAAAAUCUUGUUGAAUAAAUGUGUGUAUAGAGUCAGUA